UUCUAUUGUUUGAGCUGCUUGCUGAAAAAGACGAGAAAACAGGAGGAAUAGAAGAUAAAGAAAGAAAGAAAGAGAAAGAGAGCGGACUGCCUUAUCCUGGUGAAAACCAAGGAACAACGAUGGACUGUGUUUACAUUAAACAGGAGGAGGUUCUGGAAUUGGUCCCUAUCUGCAUUAAACAGGAGAUGCCUGAACUGGAGCCUGUCCACAUUAAAGAAGAGACCGAACUGGAGCCUGUCCACAUUAAAAAGGAAAAGACUGAACUGGAGCCUGUCCACAUGAAAGAAGAAGAGACUGAACUGGAGCCUGUCCACAUCAAAAAGGAAAAGACUGAACUGGAGCCUGUCCACAUGAAAGAAGAGACUGAACUAGAGCCUGUCCACAUGAAAGAAGAAGAGACUGAACUGGAGCCUGUCCACAUGAAAGAAGAGACUGAACUAGAGCCUGUCCACAUUAAAGAAGAGACUGAACUGCAAUCUGUCCACAUUGAAGAGGAGUCUGUUGACUUGUUUAAGGAUUCAGAAAACAUAUACCAGCCAAGGAUAUCACAUCAGUAUACUGAAUGUAGGAAGAGCUUCAUUCAGUUAGGAAGCCUAAAAGCACACCAGCAAAUUCACACUGGAGAGAAGCCGUAUCACUGUAGUGAAUGUGGGGAGAGCUUCACUCAGUUAGGAAGCCUAAAAACACACCACCGAAUUCACACUGGAGAGAAGCCUUAUCACUGUGCUGAAUGUGGGGAGAGUUUCAGUCGGUCAGGAACCCUACAAAGACACCAGCGAAUUCACACUGGAGAGAAGCCGUAUCACUGUAGUGAAUGUGGGGAGAGCUUCAGUCAGUUAGGAAGUCUAAAAGUACACCAGCGAAUUCACACUGGAGAGAAGCCGAAUCACUGUCAUGAAUGUAUGGAGAGCUUCAGUCAGUUAGGAAACCUAAAAAGACACCAACGAAUUCACACUGGAGAGAAACCGUAUCACUGUUUUGAAUGUGGGAAAAGCUUCACUGACAAAGGAACACUAAACAAACACCAGCGAAUUCACACUGGAGAGAAGCCGUAUCACUGUACUGAAUGCGGAGAGAGCUUCGGUCGCUUAGGCAGCCUAAAGAAACACCAGAGAAUUCAUGCCGGAGCCAGCCACCCCCCCUCCCAGUCCCUCACCUCUCCACCCUGCUUGUUUGUGUGUGUGGAGAGCUGACUGAUUCCUUGUCUCUCUCACCCUACAGUAAAUGAAGGGAGUCUCCAGGAAUGAGAGCCAGCCUGAAUCCAGAGACACUGAGAAGGGGAGCGUGUCAAACUGAAGGAGACAGACCCAUUCUUUCAGAAUGAACUGGAGAGCCCUGGGAUUCAGCUCCACUCCUGCCCCUGAAUUGGAAAUGAAACUCACUCAUCAUGCUGUGAGGAUUUAGGACAGAGUUACAAUUAUUUGUUUCAGGGAUGGAAAUAAGACUUCAAUUGCAUAGCAGUUUGAUCAGUUUGUUACCUGUACACUGUGGCUAAUCAAGCUGCCAGUGAAACCUGGAAUGGGCAAAACUGCUAUGCAAUAGGAGUCUUAUUUCCAUCCCUGCUUUGUUUUAUUUCAAGUGGUGCAAACUUUACACUGGAGCAAAAGCUGUUUUAGUUUUGAAUGGAUUUGAAUGAAUGAAUCUGCUCUGCUUAGUGUUUAAAUACUGAGAAACUCCAAGCUUGUUGUAUACUGGAGUCCUGUUUCAGUGCAAUGGGAUUGAAAUACAAUUCCUAUCGUUUUAAUGGGUAGAUUGCUGUGUGUGCAAUUAUUAUGACAGACCCACAAUAUUAGAACUGUAUAAAUACACUGUAAACCAUGAAAGGUUUGCAAACAAAUUUUGCAUGCAUUACUAAUCUGCAAAAACAUACAUGCUGCAACAUUACCAUUAUUACUACAUUCAUAGUUUGUAAAGUUUAUGAAUAAUUGAUCUAAACAAUCUGCAGGAUGAAGUUGCCUCAGACUGGUUGACAGUAACAGAGCUGGUGCUUUUGUGGAAUCACCAUUAGCUGUUUAUUCCUUUUGGGCAAAAUAUGUCUAGUUUGCUUGUAUUUUGUAGCAGUAUGAUAUCAUUAGAGUGGCAAUGCAGUACAUUCUAAGGCAGGCUUCGUUAUUUAUAAAGGAUUUCAUUGACAUUGAGUUUGAGUUCCUGUAUGUUUUCCAGUAUCUGUGUGUAUAAAGGGCACAUUAUUAUGUUUCCAUUACCUCUGUAUGUAAAAGGUUUGUCAUUGUUUAAACUGUCAAUGAUUCCUGAGAUAGAUCUGCAGUGGAACUGAACAAACCCAAGGGAGACAUUGAAAAAUACAAGCUUGUCAAAGGGGGAGAUGCUGCUGCAGGUUUGAUCAUACUGGCUUCAUGAAAUGAGAAAUGGAAUUCCUUUGCUAGUGUCUCAUGAUGUAAGCCCUGGAGUGUGGGCUCAGUCUUCAUGAAAUGAGAAAUG